UUUGGUCAUGAUUUGUUUCAAUAUGGCGGCUGACGUCAGAAAAUAUUUUCUCCACAUUUUCUCAAUUAUUUCAAUUAUUAUGCAAUAUCAAGUUAUCCCCUCAUACAGUAGUGAUCUAGUUGACAGAGAAAUAGUGGUUAAACCUUUAUUUCACUCAGAUAAUUUAUUCUUCCAAGUGCUUGAGCCAGAAAGCAUACGCUACACAUACAAGAUAAGACAGGCCAAAAACUUUGGAGGCUUAUUGAACCAGAGCUAUGCUUCAAUAGACCUUGUUCCUACAGUACCAGCUGAUGGCUGCAGCCCUAUAUCAAACCAGCAUCUGAUUGAAGGGAAUGUGGCCUUAGUAGAGAGAGGUGGCUGUUCCUUCUUGAGUAAGACCAUACAAGCAGAGAAUGCAGGUGCCAUAAUCAUAGUUAUCACAGAUGAGGACCCAGACAAUGAUUCUAUGAUGAUAGAGAUGAUAGAAGAUGGCACAAAUAGAUCUCCAAAAAUACCCGCCGUUUAUUUACUAGGAAGAGAUGGGUACAUGAUAAAGAAAACCUUACAGGAGCUAGAUCUGACAAGUGCAAUUAUAAACAUACCUGUGAACAUUACUGGAAUUCCUAUACAUUUGCUCAAUCAGCCACCAUGGGAACCAUGGUAACCAACUAGAGGUUACCAUAACAACAACCAUUGUCGAGCACCUCAGAAAUCCACAAGAACAGGAAACCUGCCAUGAGAUAACACAUUUUUUGAAACAGCAGAUGUAUUACAAUAAAUGCAAGGUGUUCAAUAAGUAUUGAGAAAAUGCCAAAUAUAUCAUUUUUUGUUCAUUUUUGUUUUAUAUUUCUGACUCAUGUUCAGGAUAUUGAGUAAUGUCCUGAUGUAGUAUAAAAGUUUCAGAAAUCUAGAAUUUAAUGUCAUAAGAAUUUCACAAUCCCACUCUCACAGAUACACUUGCUGAUUGUAUAUACUGUUUAACACUCCUUACCCUUUCAUUUAUAGAUCUCACGAUUUGAAUCAAAAGCUAUAAACAUUUUUAUAUCCUUGGGUUGCAUUUUUGUGGCACCCUGUCAGCUGUCAUCUUCUGCAGUUUUAAAAAAUAGUAUUAGCAAAUGCACCA